ACGUCAAUCAUUCACGUUUGCUUUGUCAAACGAAAUAAAUGUAAAAAUCCAAAACAUGAGCUCGGAAUUGAAAAACGAGUCUAAACCCAGUGUAAACCCAGAUAUACUGUGUAACAUAAAAGCAGCAUCUAUCCCCGUGAUACAGGUGGUGUCAGGGGCUCCAUUAAAGGAACAACUCUCCGCACCAUUCUACUUCCACUCGCUGAAAGAGAACGAAGCACCGCCUUUCAGAAAGCCGGGGAAAGAAGCCAAACCCCGUCUGUUAAUUGGCACCUUGAUCACCGAAGAUGAUGUGGUGGAAAUGAUCGCUGCUACGGAUGUUCAUAAUGCUAAUCUUGGAUUUAGGAAGAAAAUAGCCGAAAUCCUAGUCAGAAAGAACAUAGUGGCGAGUUACCAUCUGCCGGAAAAGCAUUUCCUGAUAGAUUUUCUCUUGGAGACCAUAGGCUACGCGGCCCAGCGGGACUUCAAUAAAUUCAAGCUGGCUUGCCUGCUGUCAAUUUACUUGUCCACUCACUUGCACUACAAGUGGUACUACUGGAUAUCUCCAGUCGAUGUCUGGCAUUACUUCAAACAGCUCAUGAUUAAACAUACAAUUGAGGAUUCACCAGAUGGCCAGGAAGUGUUUGAGCCAGAAGAAUGCUAUGACAUUAUGUCACAUUUCCACACUAAUUACCUCUGCAACCUGCCUCUUGUGCACAUUCUCUCAUUUGAAGUGCAUCGCCUGAAGCUGUUGUGGCCUUUUAAGAACAAAAAAUAAUAUCUACAGUUAACGGCUGUUUCAGAACCGAAAGAUAUAUUUUAUGAAAUAAAUAAAGACAGAUUCCUUAAACAUAAAAUGUCAUAAUGUCUCAUUACUCUCACUA